AGGGCUGGGUGCGCCGGUGGCGUUGGUGAGGGACCCGUUUCCAUGGGAACAAACGAAUGCCUCGGGAGGGCGCGUGCGCAGACGGGGAGCAGGUUGUUGAACCGGCGAAAGGUGACGUCAAAGCGCACGGGGUGAGACGCAGGGCUCGGCACGUCAAAGCCCAGCGUCCUCGGCGGCCCGGGCGGCGGAGAGGCGCGCUCCCCGGCGGCGGUCACAGCACCCACAUGGACCCGGGCCACAGCCGGCCCCGCUAGGCCGCGGCCGGGCGGCGGGAGCUGACGUGCGGAGCCAGCGAGCCAGCGAGGUGCGGGGGCCGCGCCGCCCCUGGGGAGACCCUCUCCCGGGAACCGCCGGCGGCGGGACCGGUCCCGGCCCCGAGGCCCCGCCUCCCGAGCCUGGCGACUAAUCGGUUUGAGAGCGCGCGGGCCCGAGCCGCGAACUCUCCAAUUGCGGAGGGCGGCGGACACCGCCCAAUCCGGAGCAGACAGGUGCGAGGUCCGGGAGGAGGCGGCCAAUCAGCGGCGGUUGCGGCCUAGCGGGGCCGGCCUCGACCAAUGAGGAGGUCCGAGUGACAGCUCCGCGCGCCAAUCGGGAGUGAGAGAGCGGCUGAGCCUGUCCGCCCUUCCGGCCAGGGCUCUAUUUACUAGGGGCGUGAGGCCCGCCUGCCAAUCAGAGCGCGGCGGAGCGGCCCGGCAGCCAACCCCGGAGGAGCGGCCGGCGACGUCCGCCGCACCGAGAGUUGGGGAUGUCCUACAAGCCCAUCGCCCCCGCCCCCAGCAGCACCCCGGGCUCCAGCACCCCCGGGCCCGGCACCCCGGUCCCGACAGCCGGAAGCGUCCCCUCGCCGUCGGGCUCGGUGCCGGGAGCUGCGGCCCCUUUCCGACCGCUGUUUAACGACUUCGGGCCGCCCUCCAUGGGCUACGUGCAGGCGAUGAAGCCGCCUGGCGCCCAGGGCUCGCAGAGCACCUACACGGACUUGCUGUCGGUCAUAGAGGAGAUGGGCAAGGAGAUCCGGCCCACCUAUGCCGGCAGCAAGAGCGCCAUGGAGCGCCUGAAGAGAGGCAUCAUCCAUGCCCGGGCCCUAGUCAGAGAGUGCCUGGCGGAGACAGAGCGGAACGCCCGCACGUAACAGGAAGCACCUCCGCCUCGAGUCUGGACCUUUCCGGCCACUGCAGGGCACCGCUUCUCCCUGGCCUCCGCCCGAGUUGCACUUGCUGUCCGGUGUCCCCUGGUGGGUUCUGUCCGGGGACCAGGGUGGCCCUCCCUCGCUGGCAGCACUGGUGCGGAACCCCUGGGAUACUUAGCAGCGAGCUCACUGUGAGUCCCGCUCCCGAGCUGCCGUCAGCGCUGAUCCAACCGGAGCUUUCUUCCUCCUGCACUUAACCCAGGACUGCUCUCCCCUCUCCCCAGGCCCCUCCCCCGCAGGGCUUCAGAAGGCCUGCCGCCUCCCUGCCUUGUCUCCUGGGCCAUAGCCUCUUUUCUCAGUGUGUCUUUUGCUAAACAUGUCCUUUUUUGUAUAAAUAAAAGAUGAUUUGGAGUUGUUCUCUCA